AUGAACGAGAUGGUCCUGGUGGACGCGCCCUUUACGGAGGUGGGGGACGAUGUGACCUUGGACUACGACGGCCAGGUUCGAUGCCACUCCUUUAAGGAUGUCUGGCUCAAGUUCACGACCUUCAAGAUCGGCCACGGGAUGACCAUCAUGACAGGUGCAAGUGUUGCCAUGUGCGAUGCCGGAGACGGAGCGACACUUCGCCCGGGCAGCCUGACUUGGAAGGAAGCAACCUGGAGCCGGGCGGCGUCUACGAGGGCGCCCCGGCGGCUCUGGACCUGGAGCGCGGUCCAACGCUCUUGA